AUGCCUAUUCAAAGUACUAUAUCGUUUGUUCCCACCAAGCCAGCUCCCGAGGAAGCCUCUAGUGGUUGUACCACCCCUGGUCGUUCCUCCCAACUUGAUCGUCCAGAUAUGGUGUCACCAACUACUGAUGAUUUACGUCGACGAGCCUUGAGUGACUGGCCAAUUUCCGACGUUGUGAAUCCUCGUGAGAAGCGUGGCCACUCGGUAGGUUCAGAUUCAUCAGCCAAUCAAUCUGAUGGUUCUGUGGCAAGAAAAUCAAAAAUCGCCAAAAUGGAGAAUUACCCAUCAGGCGAAGAUCUUUCUCUCCCUAAUGCCGUUCAAAGUUCUUCACGAGUCACAAUUGAUUCACCUCUAGCCGGUUCAGAGGAUGAUCACCAAAAAGUAAAGAAGACAAGCCGUAAUCUUGAUGCGAAUGAAAAAGCAUGUCUACUUGCGUAUUAUGGUGAACCGUUCUACUUGAAAACAGAAGUGAGUAUUUGUAGAAUUAGUUUCCUCAGGAGCCGCUGCCAGCCUUCGGUUCCAAAGUAA